CCCCGCCCCGCCUGGCCCCGCCCCCCCGCUAUAGGCGGCGGCGCCCGCGGCGGCGCGGCCCUAGCGAUGGCGGCGAACCGCGUGGGGCGGCGGCUGGGGCGGGGGUCGCCCGGGCGCUCCCCGGGGCCCCGGCGGCCGCAGCCCGCGCGCAGCCCCGGGCUCCAGCGGCGCCAGGCGCGGGUCACCGUCAAGUACAACCGGCGGGAGCUGCAGCGGCGCCUCGACACCGAGCAGUGGAUCGACGGGCGCCUCGAGGAGCUCUACCGCGGGCGGGAGGCGGAGAUGCCGGACGAGGUGAACAUCGACGAGCUCCUGGAGCUGGACACGGACGAGGAGAGAGCCCAGAAGCUGCAGGGCAUCCUGAGGUCGUGCGACAACGACACGGAGGACUUCGUGCGGGAGCUGCUCGACCAGCUCAAGGGGCUGCAGAAGCAGCAGGUCCUGCAGCGGCCCAGCCCUGAGGACCCCCUCCCGCCGCAGCCCUGACCUGGCCCGAGGGGGCCCGGCUGCCGCCGGACCCGGAGCGGCCGCGCUGGGCCCUCCCUGGGGCCGCCCGCAGCCCCAUCCGGCCGGGCUGGGCAGCCGAGCCCCGGCCUGGCCCGCUGUACAGUAUUUAAACCCGCCGGGCCCCCCCCGGCCCCUUGUAAAUCUCCGCGAGCUGCUGCCCCUGCCGGGCGCCCGGCGCUGUAAUAAAGCCUUGCUGCACCCCC